AUGGCCGAAUCAGUACCCACCAACGGCCCCGAUGCCCUCGACGAGACUCUCAGUCGACUCUCCAAGAAGCCCGGCGUCAAGGCCGUCGUCAUCCUCGACCGAGCCACCGGCGCGAUCCUCCGCACGACGGGACAGCUGUCCUUCAACGCCUCAGCGCUGCCGAGCGGCGGCUCCUUCUCAGGGGAGGGUGCGGCUGCGCAGCAGCAGCAGAACGGUGAAGGCGAAGGCGAUCAGCCGCAAGGUCUGGAAGACUUCGCAGCCAAGGUAUGGAACUGGGUUAAUGCGUCGGGCACGCUGGUGUUGGACUUGGAUACAGAGGUGAGGACACCCAUUCCCCAAGACUCGGAGCGCAACAUUGGAAAAUCGCUGGGAGAGCUGGCGCUGACGUAUCGGGGGUAG